AUGAGCUCUGGCUCUGCCCAGGAUGUGGCAGUCGAGCAUUUCCUGCGUGACAUAGAGAGGCGAAGCAAGCGGCUACACUGCGCUGUGAUAGGCUGCGAGGAGGAGCGACCCCGCAGCGACAUGAACCUUCUGUAUCGUAAGAGCCGUUUGGACUGGAGGCAGAGGGACCAAGAGGGAAGUAAAAAGAGCUCCAAUCAAAACGACCCCUCAGCCACUGUUGGCAAAGUCAGAGACUUGGCGUCUUUCCGCCGGCACUUCCGGAUGGGUUUCAUGACCAUGCCGGCCUCCCAGGACCUGUCCCCCCACUCUUGUGCCUCCGCCAUGGCGCCGCGAUCACAGUCCUGCCAUGCUGUAGGGGCCGGGGAUACAGGUCUGGAAAACGGAGAUUACUCUGACACCCAAUCCCAACACGGUGGCCGCUGCCCUCCGACCAAACCAAAACGUCACCCCAGCACUCGCCUCAGCUCCUCGUCCACUGACGGAAGAGGAUUUAUGGACACACCGCCACUUCUUGGGUCCUCUCACUCACACAAACACUCAGAGAAGAAAAAUGCCAUGAAGAAGUCUGACUCUGGGGAGAUCGGAGGAAAGAAGGUGCCUCCGUUAAAGCCCAAGAGAAGUCCUAGCACCCAGCUUUCUUUUGAACCUCUCCCUCCACGUGUGCCUCCUUCUGCCACAUCCUUGCCUUUCCAGGCAGCAGACUCUCAAAUUCAGACAGGGGAAGGGGAUGAUGAGCCGGUCUAUAUAGAGAUGGUGGGCCAGGUUUUCACUAGAGACAGCCAGACAGCCACCCCCCACCCUGUCACACCUGUGGCCACCACACCUGACUCGGACUCAGACCAGAGUGAGGCCAUCUAUGAGGAGAUGAAAUACCCGCUGCAAGAGGACAGAGGUACCCAGAGACACCUCCCUUCCAAACAUGAGAAACUGAAAACCUCUAAACACUUCCAUAUCACCCCUUCCUCCUCCAGCAGCUCCUCUUCUCUGCCACGCCCAUCCUCCUCCUCUCCUUCCUACUCCAAACCCAAAGCUACAGUGUCCAUCUCCCAUUCAUCUCCUCUGCCUUCCUCUGCAUCUUCCACCCCUGUCCCCCAGGUCCUCUCCACCAGUCCGCACACUCCAAGAGCUCCUACUCCCUACCUGCUGCAGGGGACUAAAUCCGAGUCUGAGUCCAACACCAAGAUCCCGGCCCCUUUCCCCAAUCUUCUACAACACCGGCCCCCACUGCUUGCAUUCCCACAGCCAGCAGCAGCGUCCAGCGGGGUCGGGGUGCAAAACAAGUCUGUGUCUGCUAAGAUGGGAACUCAAACGUCCAGCGUAACAACUCAAGCCAGCACCUCCUCAACCUGUUCGAAUGUUCCUUCGUCGCACUCAGGCUCCAAGGAGUCGUCAGGAGGAAGUUCAUCCCAGCAGGACAAACACAGCAGAGACGCCCAGUUGGGUCCCGCUCCCGGACUGAGAGCCAGGAGCCACUCCACACCUCUGCCUCCCUCAUCCAAAUCCACCUCCCCUUUCUCCCAUCACCACCACCACCCUCACCAUCGCCCCUCGCACUACCACCACUAUCGCAAGCCUGAGAGAGGAGACUCUCCUGCUCCGCUCAAGAGCAGUUCUCAGAACCAGUCCACAGUCCAGACCCAAACCUCAAGUACAGGCAGGGAGGGCAAGUCUGUAAGCUUCCUCUUGAAGUCUGAGAAAGGAGAGAGGGAUAAGGACAGGGACCGAGACCGAGACAAAGAUAGGGACAGGGACAGGGACCGAGACAAAGAUAGGGACAGGGACAGGGACCGAGACAGGGAUAGGGAUAGGGAUAGGGAUAGGGACAGGGACAGAGAAAGAGACAGGGACAGGGACAGAGACAGAGACAGAGACAGAGACAGGGACAGGGAUCGGGAUAGGGACGGUGGGCCGUACUCCUUACAGUUGGAUCACGCCUCCUCCAAGUCUCAAAGCAGCACCAGCUCAACCCCUACGCCAUUAUCCUCAUCCCAGCGUCCGCAUUCCCGCCCCCAUCUUCGCUCUCACACUCCUCACGGCCUGCCGGCGUACAAGCCUCCCUCCUCGGACAGCCCCCUGCUGUGGACCUACCCCUCUGGUGGCUUCCGGAGACCGCCAGCUUACGAGAGCCUGCGAGGAAGCUCUCAGACGCCGUCCCUGCAACAGCCCUCAAGUCUUACUGGUGUAGGUGAGGGGGCCAUCAAGAGCAACGGAGGGUCUUCGUCCCUCCAUUCUAAAACUGGCUUCAUGCCCUGGGACAGCAGUGCCAGCUUAGCAGCAGAUGAGGGAUCUUACUGGCCUAUGCAGAGGAAAUUGUCCUUCAGCCACGGGAGCAGAGAGACAGAGAAGGACGAAGGGCGUGCGUGGAAUGGCAGUGCCGAUGCCCUACUAAGGAUGGAUAAGGAGGACCUUGGCAUGGGGUCUCGAGGAGGCCACUCGGGCAUCCCAGUCCACUUCAGUAGUGCCACCAGCAGGGCGCUCGGUCACAGUGAGUCCUUGGCUGGUGUGGACAGCAGCCCGGGUUUCAGAGCCCUGCCCAGAGUUGGUCUGCCUCUUCCCUGCCAGACUUUCCCUGCCUGUCGCAAUGGAGAAGUGGGGCGGCUGGGCCGCUCCUCCUCUGCUGCUGGAGUGAGACAGGUGGGUGGAGGAGACGUCCAGAGACAGAGCAGCCUACCAGCACGAGAAGCCCUGAAUCAGCUGCAUGGUCUGGCCCAGCCUCAAGUGCCCUGCAGUCCCAGCAGUCCCAGUGUGUCUCGGCAACAGCAGCAGCUUCAGCUCCACCAGCAGCAGCUGCAGUUAAAGCAGCAGCUCCAGCAGCUUCAGCAACAGCACCACCUGCAGUUGCAGUUCCAGCAGCUCGCCCAGCUGGCACAGGGACAGCCUUCUGUCAGCGGGGGCACCACCCCAUCCGCAACGCAGAGCCAGAGAGACGGUAAGCUGCUGGAAGUCAUCGAGCGUAAACGCUGCCUUUGCAAAGAGAUCAAGGCCCACAGGCGCCCUGACAAAAGCCUGUGCAAGCAGGACAGCAUGCCCAUCCUCCCUAGCUGGAGACGGACACCUGAGCCUCGUAAGACUGGCACGCCACCCUGCCAGAGGCCGCAGGCCGUUGUGUGGGACACAGCUAUCUGA